GCUAUAAAAGGGGGCCAGGUCCCUUGCGACUUCCAAACGCAGAGGGAUCUGCAGAGCUGCGAAAGUAACUGGCCAUAGCUGGCGAGAAAUAAUUUCGCCUUCCCACCCACCCGACUCCAUCCCAGCCAACUCAGAGCGCCUGAGGGCUGCCAGUGGCUGUGCUGCCUGAGAGGCAGGCUAAGGGGCUCAGACUUGACUUGCUCAUUGAGUCCAGUCCUUGCACUCAGAGGACGGGGUAAAGAGAAGUGGGGUCCUAGCUCGGAAGCCAGGGACGCACUCUCCCCGCUGGAGCAGACCCACCCAGCACAUCCGGGUUGCAGCAUGACUCUGUGGAACGGUGUGCUGCCUUUCUACCCUCAGCCCCGGCAUGUUGCUGGCUUCAACGUCCCGCUACUCAUCGUCAUUCUGGUGUUCUUGGCCUUGGCUGCCAGCUUCCUACUCAUCUUGCCUGGGAUUCGUGGCCACUCGCGCUGGUUCUGGUUGGUGAGAGUGCUUCUCAGCCUGUUCAUAGGUGCAGAAAUUGUGGCCGUGCACUUCAGCGCAGAAUGGUCAGUGGGAAGAGUUAGCACCAAUACAUCCUACAAAGCCUUCAGUGUGGCACGCGUCCGAGCCCACGUCGGUCUGCACGUGGGCCUAGAGGGUAUUAAUAUUACACUCACAGGAAACCCAGUGCAGCAGCUGAACGAGACCAUCGACUACAACGAGCAGUUCAUCUGGCGUGUGGGCGAAAAUUAUGCUGAGGCGUACGCGGAGGCCCUGGAGAAGGGGCUGCCCGAUCCCGUCCUCUACUUGGCGGAGAAGUUCACGCCGAGCAGCCCCUGCGGGGUUUACCGCCAGUACCGUCUCGCGGGACACUACGCCUCGGCGACGCUGUGGGUGGCGUUCUGCUUCUGGCUCCUUUCCAACGCGCUGCUCUCCAUGCCGGUCCCACUCUACGGAGGUCUGGCUCUCCUGACCACCGGCGCCUUCGCACUCUUCUCCGUCUUCUCCUUCGCCUCCAUCUCCAGCGUGCCGCUCUGCCAGCUCCGCCUCGGCUCCUCCGAGCUCACCACUCACUACGGUGCCGCCUUUUGGAUCACGCUGGCGACCGGCAUCCUGUGCCUCCUCCUCGGAGUGGCGGUGGUGAGUCUCCAGUACGCUCGGCCCAGCGCUCUUCGCACCUUCUUGGAUGGAAGCGUCAAGGACUGCGAUAGUCAGGAGAAAAGAAGCUUGCCUCUCAUCCUCAACAACCCACUGCAUAAGCAGUUCGGGGCCUUGGACUUAACCAUGAGUACUAACCUGUGAAAGGGACUCAGUGUCGGAUUCCUACUCUGCCUCCAUCCCCUAUCCCCUGCAGGCCGGCAGCAGUGCGCGCCAGGCCUGGGCCUGGAACGCUCCGGGAGGAGCACUGCACUAGGGGCGCGGAGCGAGAGGCCAGUGGCCUCAGAUGUGUCGCUUGCACCUGGGAAAGAGUCUCCCAGGGUGAGCUGUAAAUAAAUUCUUUCACCUU